GGUGAGAGAGAAAGGAGAAGUGAAGGGCACGAGGAAUCAUAAUUCAUAACAAAAUGGUAAUGUUAAUGUUAGUAGCAAAACCUUUUUUACCAAUCUUGUUUCACAAACCAAUCUUCCAUUGCCUUUUUCUCAUCCCAUUCUUCAAUCCCAUAUCUAGUUCAUCACCAACUUAAACCUCUCAUGAUCUCUUCAAAUUUCACCCGAUUUGUCGAAAAAAAUUGUUGGAUUGUGAAGCCUGAUUAUAAAACAAAAAUAAAAAAAAAAUGAGCCGGAUUAAAAUCAGCCCGAUUGUUCUAUUGGUUAUAGUGAUAUUAUCGCUCGGGUUUUUCAUGCUCGGUGUCAUCCAACUCCUCGUUCGAUGCCUAACGAAGCGCGCGGCGUUUUCAUCGAUCUCGCGCUCCAAUAGCCUUCCCGCCGGCGCCGUCGUCGAAGGCUCGAACUCCCACACGUUCCAGCGGCAGCUGCAGCAGCUCUUCCGUCUACACGACUCGGGUCUCGAUCAAUCCGUGAUCGAUGCGCUUCCCGUUUUCCGUUACCGAGACGUCGCGGGAGCGAACGAGCCAUUCGACUGCGCCGUUUGUCUCAGCGAAUUUUCCGACACCGACUGCCUGCUAAAGCUCAUUCCCAGCUGCAGCCACGCCUUUCACAUGCACUGCAUCGAAACGUGGCUUCUGUCAAACUCGACGUGCCCUUUGUGCCGAGGACUUAUUUCUUGCGACAAACCCACGCGGCCGAGGAUGAAAUCGUCGCGUCCCGACGAGGGAGCGAUCGAAAAUCAAGAAAACGUCGCGACGGUCUUCUCGAUUUCGCUCGGGAAAUUCCGAAGCGCGAAUGCUGAUGGGUUUGGAAAAGAACCCGAGGCGAUUGGAAGCAGCAGUAGUAUCGACGCGAGGAGAUGUUUUUCAAUGGGCGCGUUUCAGUAUGUGAUCGACGGGGCGAAUUUGCGAGUCACGUUAACUUCGAGCGACAAAGGCGGUUGUAAGAAGAAAUCGAGAGUGAAUAGGCCGUAUUGUGAGGAUAGUAAAAUGGAAAGCAUCGAAACGAUGACGGAUGGGAAGAGGAUUGGGCUUCUUCGGAGUAGAGAUGAUAGCUUCUCUUUGUCCAAGAUUUGGCUAUGGUCGAAGAAGGCGAGUUCGAGCAUGCCUAUUUAGGACUAUUCUUUUCAUUACAUUGUAAAAAGAUGUUCCAUGAGGACAAGAUUUAGAGUAUGGCUAAGUAGAUCAUGAGAUACAUGAAAAUAGAUCGAAAUCGAAGCAUAGGCAUUGUUUGAGAGUGUAAAAACGGCGGAUUUGUUGCGUUGUAACGGUUAAUGACGACCAAAUGCAUUGUCGAGUAUUUCUUCAUUUUGUUA